GGAAUUUGAUAAUUCUUUAAAAAAUAUUAAAAACAUAUGAGCAGUCAAAUUCAAAUUUACGAAUAUAUAAAUAAAUGUAUUUAUGAUAUAGGCAAUAGUAUUAAUGAAGAUACGAAUAUAUAUUUUUCAAGUUGUAAAGCCCCAGUUAACAUAGCAUUGAUAAAAUAUUGGGGGAAAAUAGAUGAAAAUUUAAAUUUUCCUAUAAAUGAUUCCUUGAGUAUUACCUUAGAUUUAAAUGAUCUAUAUACUCAAACAUCUAUUGCAAUGAGCAAAAUGUUUAUAGAAGAUAGAUUAUGGAUUAAUGAUAAUGAAAUUGAUUUAAAAAAUUGUAAAGAUGGUAAGGUGUAUAGAGUUAAUAGAAUUUUAUACAUUUUUAGAUCAUCUAUUGAUUGGGAAAAAUUAUGUAUCAUCAAAAAAGAUUGGAAGAUUAGGAUAUGCUCCAAAAAUAACUUUCCAACGUCUGCUGGAUUGGCUUCUUCUGCUUCUGGAUUUUCUGCCAUGGUUACAUGUUUAGCAAGAUUAUUCUUUGAAUCUGAUAAAUAUAGUGACAAUGAUUCUAAUGUGGAUUCUAAAUAUUCAAAUGGACUAGAUAAUUUUUUUACUCAGCAUAAAAUUAAAGAAUUUUCAGCUAUAUCACGAUUAGGAUCAGGUAGUUCAUGCAGAAGUUUAUUUGGGGGAUUUGUUAAAUGGGUAAAUUAUAAUUAUAAUAACAAUUUUGUUAGUCAAGCAGAGCCAGUUGAUACUACUAAGGAAAAUUUUCUAAUUCACAAUAUGAAGGUUCUGAUUUUAGUAACUAAUGCAUCCCAAAAACAUAUAGAUAGUACAAAAGGUAUGAAAUUAAGUGUCAAGACCAGUCAACUUCUUAAUUAUAGAUCUCAAUAUAUAGUACCAGAUAGAAUGAAAGAUGUUGAAAAAUUGGUUUUGGCUCAUGAUGAAUACAAAAAUUGUGAGCAUAGUUUUUCUAAAUUAUGUGAAGUGAUAAUGAAGGAGAGUAAUCAGUUACAAGCAGUAUGUAGAGAUACAUAUCCACCCAUUAUUUAUUCAAAUGAAGUAUCAGAUUUAAUUAUUAAUUUUGUUAUUGCUUAUAAUAAAGCAUUCACUAAUUUCUUUCAGGAGGAAAAUGCUGGUCAUAAUAAAAUAAAAGUUGCCUACUCCUUUGAUGCCGGCUCUAACGCGUUUAUAUUUAUCGACGAAUCUCACCUACAGACAUUUUGCAUUCUUUUAGAAAAACAUUUUAUGUUAUCUCAAUCCGCCUCUGAAACUCUUACAUAUUUAUCUCGCUCAUUUGAUUUAAUGGGUUACAAUAAUUUAUCAAAGAAGGAAUGGAAUAAUUAUCUCGAAGUCAAUUUUUCAUUUCUAUUUAACCAUGAAAAAUUGGCUAUUCCAAUACAAUCCAUCAUUCUUACGAAGCCCGGUUCUGGCCCAAUUUAUAUUAAUGAUCCCGAAGAAUGUUUAUUAGAUUCUCAAGGAUUUCCCAAAUAAAGGAUUUUUUUGAUAUUUUGCUCAAUUUGUUAUAAUAAUUUAUGGUUGAUAAA